AACUGCAAUAUAUGUACUGUUUGUACGGCAUGUAGGGUUUUCGAUGUAAUUGUCGAAAUAUGUACGCAGUUUCAAUUUCCAUUCUAUCAGAAGAUUCAGAACGAGCAGCAGCCAAAAAUCUUAAACCGAACAGGAGGGGUUUUCAUACACAAUCUUGAAAGCUCUGGUGAGCAUAGUAAUCGUAUUCUGCCCCCGCCAUGCCUACGAUCAGCGUUGGAAGGGAUCGACUCUUCGAAGCACUCGGUCAAACCUACUCCCAAGAAGAAUUCGAGGACUUGUGUUUCAAAUUCGGAAUCGAGCUUGACGAUGUUACGACAGAAAAGGCGAUUAUUAGGAAAGAGAAGCACUUGGAAGAAGACUCAACUGAAGAUGAAGAAGUCAUCUACAAAAUUGAAGUGGCAGCUAAUAGAUACGACUUGCUUUGCCUUGAAGGACUUGCCCAAGCCUUGCGCAUAUUCGUCGGGAUCGAUCCAAUUCCUAAGUAUACAUUGCGAAGUAUUAGGAGCGAAUCCAUGCUUAAAAUGCAUGUAAAACCUGAGACAUCUUUGAUCCGGCCCUAUGUUGUUUGUGCUGUUUUAAGAGGUAUAACUUUUGAUGAAGCAAGAUAUAACAGCUUCAUUGAUCUUCAAGAUAGGCUCCAUCAGAACAUAUGCAGGCGAAGAACCUUGGUUGCAAUUGGAACUCAUGACUUGGACACGAUAGAUGGUCCUUUCACAUAUGAGGCGUUGCCACCAUCAGACAUAAACUUUGUGCCACUGAAGCAGGUGAAAAAUUUCAGGGCUGAUGAGCUGAUGGAGUUUUACAAAUCAGAUUUGAAGCUGAAGAAGUUUUUGCACAUAAUUGAGAAUUCGUCUGUAUAUCCUGUUUUAUGUGAUUGCAACAGAACUGUUCUGUCAUUGCCCCCGAUUAUCAAUGGUGCUCAUUCUGCCAUCACUUUGAAGACAAAGAAUGUUUUCAUUGAGUGCACAGCCACUGAUUUGACGAAGGCCAACGUGGUGUUAAAUACAAUGGUAACCAUGUUUUCAACGUACUGCGAAAGAAAGUUCGAGGUUGAACCGGUUGAAGUAAUUUAUUCUGAUGGCAGAUCAUAUGUUUACCCUGAUAUAUCUCUUUACCAUAUGGAAGUCCCUCUUUCUUACAUCACUGAUAUAGUUGGAGUUCCCUUGGAAGAAAAUGAGGUUGCUAGUUUGUUGAAUAAAAUGCAAUUGCAUGCUGUGAAGUCCUUGUCGGAAGAUAAAAAGUGCACUUUCACUGUAUCUGUCCCUCCUACCAGAAGUGAUAUUCUUCAUCCAUGUGAUGUAGCAGAGGAUGUUGCUAUUGCUUAUGGCUACAAUGAAAUCCCGAAGAGAAUACCUGCAUCUUUGAAUCCUUUGCCCCUGAACCAAUUCAGUGAUCUCAUCAGAUCAGAGAUUGCAAUGUGUGGGUUUACAGAGGUUUUGACAUGGGUACUGUGCUCAUAUAAAGAAGAUUUUGCAAUGCUGAAUCGAAGAGAUGACAAAUCAACAGCAGUGAUAAUCGGAAAUCCCCGCUCUUCUGAUUUUGAGGUUGUACGGACAAGUCUGAUGCCUGGUAUGUUGAAAACUAUUGGGCACAAUAAAGACCAUCCAAAGCCUAUAAAGAUAUUUGAAGUGGGUGAUAUCGUGCUGCUGGAUGAGAUGAAAGAUGUUGGUGCGGCAAAUCGUCGCCAACUUGCAGCUUUAUAUUGUGGUGCUACCUCAGGAUUCGAGCUUAUUCAUGGUUUGGUCGACAGAGUUAUGGAAGCAAUUGGGUGUCAAUUUGUACAAUCUGGGGAUAAUGCAGGCUAUUAUUUGGAACGUGCAGAUGAGCCAGAGUUUCUUCCUGGUAGACAAGCUAGCAUCAUUUACAAAGGGAAGCGCAUAGGCGCUUUUGGCAUUGUGCAUCCAGAGGUAUUAAACAACUUUGACAUUCCUGAUGCAUGCUCAUUUGUGGAACUUAACAUCGAGAGUUUCGUACAGAGUCAAGUCUCAUAGUGUCAGAUGUAUCGAUUUUUGAAGCUGCUUCGCCUGAAGUUGCUUUGUUAAAAGAAUUUAUAGCCGUUCAGCUGUCUGAUUAAUAGUUUCCUUGGCUUCCAUGCUCAGCAAAUACUUGGGAACCUAUAUUUGGGUAUACCCUGGAUCAGAAUCUCAUUGGAAAGUUUGCUCACAUUUAGAAUGAUUGAUUCUUGAUCUUCCAUUUGUCUCUAGUAAUUUAAUAGUUUUGAUCGUGACAGAAGUUAUGGUGGAACCUUUCCUAAGAAAAGGGCUUUCAUUUAAUAGUUUUGAUCAUGACGGGAGUUAUUGUGGAACCUUUCCUAAGAAAAGGACUUUCUUAGUAUUUGCAUACUCAGCUGUUCAUACUAGAUUUAUCUAUGGCUAUGCUCUUUUAUUA